CAUUUGUAUACAAAAAUGUAUGGAAAUGUCAAAUCGAGCCGACGUGUAUCUUGCUCAGCCGUGGUGGGAGAUUCAGUGAAAAUGUUAUCUUGUACUUGUUCGCAACUAUGAGCCAGUGUUCGCUUUCUAAUCGCGCCGGCCAGACAUAGCACGAUAAAUAAUGUCGUACGACAAUUUGAUCGAAAACCUAAACAGCCACGGUCAAGGGCACUUGCUGAAAUACUGGCCGGAACUGAACGAAAAACAGCGGGACCAAUUGAUUAGUGAUUUAAAAAAAAUCGACUUGGCCGAAGUCAAUGAGUUAUUCCGUCGGGCGAAUGAUACGAGCAAAGUUAUUUCGGAAAAAGUUGAAGACUUGAAGCCUAUUCCUGACUCUCAUUAUGAAGCUGUUCCUAACUUGACGAACGAGAAAAUAGAAGAGUAUGAAAGUAUUGGUUUGAAAGAAAUUAGUGAUGGAAAAGUUGGUGUGCUACUUCUCGCGGGCGGGCAGGCUACCAGGCUCGGCUUCGGCCAUCCGAAAGGUAUGUACGAUGUCGGCUUACCAUCGAGAAAGACACUAUUCCAAAUUCAAGCUGAAAGAAUUGUCAGAGUACAGCAAAUGGCAGCUCAGAAGUAUGGAAAAGAAGGUCGUAUUACCUGGUAUAUAAUGACUUCGGAGCACACAAGGGGACCAACCUCGGACUACUUCAAAAGUCAUUCCUAUUUCGGUUUGAAUGAAGAGGAUAUUGUGUACUUUGAGCAGGGAACAUUGCCGUGUUUUGAUUUUGAGGGCAAAAUAUUUUUGGAUGAAAAGCACCAUGUUGCAUCAGCCCCUGAUGGCAAUGGAGGACUCUACAGAGCGCUAAAGUCCCAAGGUGUGUUAGCUGAUAUUGCUAAGCGUGGUGUUGAGCACUUACACGCUCAUUCCGUGGACAAUAUACUAAUCAAAGUGGCUGAUCCAGUAUUCAUCGGUUACUGUAAGAGCAAAAAUGCUGAUUGUGCUGCAAAAGUUGUUCAGAAGUCUUCUCCAAGUGAAGCUGUAGGUGUGGUGUGUCGUGUGAAUGGACAUUACAAGGUUGUGGAGUACUCAGAACUGACUGAUGAGGCAGCAGAAAGCCGUACCGCUGACGGUAGACUCACAUUCUCAGCGGGUAACAUCUGCAAUCAUUACUUCUCAUCCGAAUUCUUAAACAAAAUCUGUAACUUCGAAUCUAAACUGAAACUCCAUGUGGCCAAGAAGAAGAUUCCUUACGUAGACCAUGAAGGGAUCCGUCAGAAGCCAACAGAACCGAAUGGCAUCAAAAUGGAGAAGUUUAUAUUUGACGUGUUUGAGUUUGCUGAGAACUUCAUUUGUUUGGAAGUGGCCAGAGAUGUGGAGUUCUCUGCUCUGAAGAACAAUGAUGCUGCUAAGAAAGACUGUCCGUCAACUGCCAAGCAGGAUCUCUUGAGGCUUCACCGAAAAUACAUCAGGGAAGCCGGUGGAAUAGUGGAAGAUAACAUUGAUGUGGAGAUCUCUCCGCUUCUCUCGUACGGUGGGGAGAACUUACAAGAGCUGGUCAGUGGUGAGGUCUUCACAAUCAGUCCUUACCACUUAAAGAGUAUGCAAGAGUCCGCAGCCAACGGUAAUGGAGUGAACGGUAAUCAUUAGUACUGUAUGUGCUUUUAAAAAAUUGUAUAUAAAAACUUUUUGGUUGUUAAAAAUUAGGCAAAAGAAAAAAUCUCUUCUGUUUAGCUAUUGGUACAAUAACUUUUGAAGUUAUUGAGAAAAAGAAAUACAAAUUCUAUAUUAUUUAUUUGAGUUAAAAAAUCUGCAAUAUUUUAAAAUGAAAGGACUAAGUGAUGUGAAAUUUAAGUCAUUAUUAUUUAGGAAUCUUAUCGUUAUAUUUUAAUUUGCUUACAAUUUAGUAAUUGAGGCAAUAAUUAGUUUAUUACACAAUUUAUUGUAAUUAGUUUAAUGACAGCUUAUUAAGUAUCAUGAUUAUAUUUUUAUUUGGAAAUCAGAAAGCUUAGCUUUCACGUUAGAUUGUAUGCAUUUCUAUGAUCAUCACAAAAACGAUUCUAUUUAAUACUGAGGCAAUUAAAAACCAUAAAUGGGAAUUUAUAAAAAUGAUCAUAAGGGAAAUAUAGUCAGUCUUAAGUUAAUGCAUCGACGGAUAGUGAUUAAAAAGUAUAUCAUUUGAAUUCUAAGAACUUUUGGAGUUAACUAAACAAAGACACCAAAAAAUAUUUUGGGGUAUAUCGAAUUUUAAAUUGGGUAAACCAUCGAAUAUCCAUUUUAUAUUUGAAUUUCCUGCUACCAAUCUCAGCAUUCACCUUAAGACUGCCAGGACAGUCGGCCGACAAUUGACCCGAUGGCUAGCAAAAACUUUAUUCUAAAGAAAAUCUUGAUUCCAAUCAAAGUUUUCAGUCGGUCUGAUACCGGCUAAAUACCUGAUCUUUGUAAUGUGCGUACUAGCAUUCAUCUUCAUACUGAUUUAUGAGCCCAAACCAACUAUCGGCGGACUAAAAGUUUGCAGUGUGUACUGUAAAAGAACCUAUUUUUACAAAAAGUCUGCAUGAAUUUUAUAAUCUGUAUCUGAUUUGGCGCCAAAACUUUUACUUUCAAGGUCGUAUAGUGAAUCUCGUUUCACAUAAGACCUGUUUCGUUUAGUCUGACCUCCUUCGUCGAGGCGCUAUAUUAUUACGUUAUAAUAUCGUAAUCAUGAAGAAAUCUGUAUUUUGUUGAUAAAAAAAAUACUUUAAAAUGUUGUGAUUUGAAAGAUAAAUACGUAGAUAAAUUGGCUAGAUUGAAAAUGAUUUUUAUCGCACUUCCUUUUCGAAGAAAUAUUUUUUUGUGUAGUUAGUUUUCUUGGAAAAUUUAAUUGAAUUAUUGUAAAUAUUGUUUGUUUGCAUAGAAUAGGCUCUGAAACUACAAAGCCGAGUUGAAAAAUUAUUUCACUGUUGUGGAGGAGAAAUAAUAGUAAUUAGUUAAAUUAAAAGGAUAGAUCUUUUUUACUGCUAAAUAUGCACAAAAUUAUAUUCAGUUAAAUUCAGCUAAUUGACUGCCUAUAAAUAAAAAAUCAUUAGUAUUUAUCAGUUACAUACAAGAAAAGCUUUUGAACACACCUACUGCCAUGUAUUUUUUUUUUUUUGUAAAUACUUUUUCCACAAAGAUUAUUUGCAUACAUGCAUGGGACUAGUCCUAUCUCUAGUAAGGAAAUCAAGAGAUGGAUAAAAUAUUGGGAGUGACCGUUAGGAUCCAUAUAGGUUUUAUUACAUUAAGGCUACCUUACAUCACAUACUUGUAAUAUAGUACUCUCGGUCUUAUUUUAUUGAAGUAGACAAAGACAGGACUGUAUUAUUUAAUUAUUACAAUGUCUUUCUAUACUCCAUUUGAGUACGCACUUGACUAAAGGUACCUAAACAAUCUUGAAAGGAGUCUUUACACAAAUACACAUUAAAACUACUUAUGAUUUAUAGUCGCUUAGGCUGAAAUCGCUCUGUUGGUUUUAGAAACUUUCACAAAGCAGCCCGUAGUCUGGAUGUCGGCGGUGUUACACCCCCGUGCCUGGGACGUGUAGGCAGCGUCCCCGAAUGCUACUCAGUAGCAGUCUUACAAUCCCACGUCAGAGGCUGUCAGGCGGUAUUGAGAAAACUCUGACACUGGGGCUUGUUAGGUAAUUAAACCUGCAGCUCACUCGAUAAGAGUGCCCACUCAAAUGAAAUAUAGACCCUGAAUACAAUUUAUUAUUUACAUAACUACAUAUAUUGAAUCUAUGUAAUUAAUUGUAUACCAAUGUAUAGUAGUAUAUAGUACCAUAUGUAUGGCCCGUGGCUAAUCCAAGGCAUAGCAAAUUGGCAAUAUUAUAUUCUCAAAAUAUAUUUUAAAUUGACACAAAUAUUUUAUUCUAUUUUACGUUAUUAAAAAUAAUGAUUCGUUGUUGUGAAAUUAAAUAUAUUGUACUAUGUUAUUUUUCGGUUUUCAAUAUAUAUAAAUUAUUGUUUUUUUUUUGUAUUGUAAAAAAUCUCAGGUUUUUUUAGCAUUCCUAAGUUUAAGUUUGUAAAGGAAGCAAUUUAUUGAGCUUAUCUACGUAAAUAGGUUCUUGUAUUAUACUGUACUUAAAUUUUAGUCAAUAAUAAUAAAAUAUUAAUGAGAUUUUAUAUUAUAUCGUUCCUUUUAAUGAUAAAAUUAUUAAAGUACCUUUUUUUAAAGAAAA